CACCUGGUCCCACCUGGAGAUUCACCGCCAGCACCUGGCGAUCGCCAAGUAUCACUGACAGGGGAGAGACCUUAACAUGCUGCUGUGUAUUUCUCUACAAACAGAGAAAUACACAGCAGUAUGUUUCCCUAGUAAAACACACACAGCACACACAGUAAAACAGCAUACAGUUAACCCUUUGAUAACCCCAGAUGUUAACCAUUUUCUGCCCAGUGUCAUUAGUACAGUGUCAGUGCUUUUUAUUAGCACUGAUCACUGUAUUAGUGUCACUGGGGAUGUCAGUGGCAGUUAGUCAUUCCCUCCCAGUGUCAGAAAGCCUGCCGCAGCCCG